AUGACUUUGUGAAAGUCCAGGUUGUUGCUGGGUGGGUACAUAUUAAAAAUUUUCUGUUUGGAUAAUAUGUAGCCUGAAACUGGUCAUAAUCUACUGCAUACCUACAUGACAAAACAGGACGCAACUAUGCACUGCAUGAAUUUCCAAAGGUAGUACUUUCCAGAGUGUGACCAAAUACUGACUCUUUCACCACUCUUAAACAAGCAGAAGCCAUCAGUGACACCACAGAGGCUUUUCCUGUAUAAGUAUAUCGCUCUUCAGCUGCUAGUGUCCUCAGUCUAUAGGGGUAAAGAUGGAGGAAGAGGUUCUGUAUUCUACAGUAGUGUUUAAUAGAUGUGAUGAUGCGAAGCCUAAAGCAGCAGAGCUGGCUGAGGAAGUGGUGUACUCAGAAAUCAAGACGAACAGAGAGGCUCCAUCACAAAGCAUUCCUGAGCCUGCAGCUGAUGCGGUCGAAUCCCACACUGCAUCAUACAGAUGGGCCACAGCCUGUUUGGGGCUGCUGUGUGUUCUCUUACUGGCAGGUGUCGUGGGAAUGAGUGUAAUGAACAACACCCAGGUUUCUCAGUACAGUGCCAUCUUGGUAGAACUUCAGCAGCUAAAUGUCACUUAUACCACAUGGCAGUUCAACAUAGCUGGUGUCAGUCAAGCUCUAAACAACCUAACCAGUGACAAUUGUCUUCUGCAGGCACUGUACACCAAUGAGAGCGCAGCCCAUUGGAGAGUACGGGCUGAAAAAGCAGCGCUGGAGAAAGAGAAUGCAGAGCUAGCUGUACAGAGUGAUCAGCUAAACACCACCCUGAGGUUCAUCACACAGUUUUCCAGUUUUCCUGUCAGUGCAUUCUGUCAAUCAAAUAAUGGAGAAAUGUACUGCGAGUCCUGUAGGAAGAACUGGAUUCAGAACGGGUCCAGCUGUUACUUAAUCUAUAAAGGCUCAGAGUGGAGAACGUGGGCAUCCAGCCAGAAGUACUGCACUGAACAGGGAGGAGACCUAGUAACCAUAGACAACAUAGAGGAACAGGAAUUCAUCAGGCAGAACACUCCCUUUUAUUUUGAUGAAUAUCAUGGGUACUGGAUUGGACUUCAUAAAAAGAAUGGAAUGUGGGCCUGGACCACUGAUACUACACUUGAGAACGGGUUCUGGAUUGACCCCCCAAAGCAAUCAGAUGAGAGCUGUGUACUCACAAAACAUAGCAGCAAUGCUCAGAAAAGCUGGAAGCCAGUUUACUGUUACAUGUACAAUAAAUGGAUCUGUGAGAUGAGAGCUUUGGAAUGGCCAAGAAAAACCUAAAUUGCAAAUGACUGACCUUCUUAACUGCCCACUUCCACAAAAAUGCAAAUAUAAAAAUCAGUAAUAGCCCACUAUUACUAUCCUAUUCAACAAACAUAAAACUAAAAUUUAUUUAUUAUAAUUUAAGGAUGUCAAGCAUAUAGGGCAUCUUGGAGAAGAGGCACCCUGCAUGGGGAAGUUGUCCCCAGUGGCAAACAGUAUCUAUGUAUUUUAUAGAUUUGGUUUUUACAGAAUAUUUCAAAAUGUAAUGUUAAACAUUUGGGUCAAGAGGACCAACAGACAUGGAAUAAAGGGGCCCAUCUAGCACAGUGCCCCAAAAAUAUUAUUUACUUAUUCAGUGGAGUUCACAUGCAAGCUAACAUUAACCAGAAUUGGGCAACAUUUUUAGUUUUGCUGAAGAUUAGAUUGUGUGCAAGUUUCAGAGCUCAGCAGAAUUACAUCCAUCUGGGGCAUGACACAUGAGGCAAGAGUUCUUGCUUUAAGCUUAUAGUUCCAUCUAACUCUGGAUUUUCAGUCUUAUGACAGUGGCUCACUUUUCACUAGGCUACAUCACCAUGGCAACUCAGGUUGCAUGGUUAACCCGCUUCAAAGCAGGUUACCUUCAGGAUCUCGUGUCAAUGAACAACCCUUGGACCAAUCAGGGAUGAUGGAGGUGGACCCCUCUGUAACUUUUUCUCCUUUAUGACAUUUGUGGCAUUAAUCAUGUGUUUAGAAUCUAAAGCAGUUAUAAUUUCAAUAGGCACUAAUGUGGUGGCAGUGGAGACAGCACUGCUUCUGUAGCUAACGACUCAUGUUUCCCAAAAUUGACUGUUUAUCAUAAAUGUCUUGCUUUCAUGUACACAACCAUGAAGAUUAUUCAAGUUAACUGAGUAUCUAAACCUGGCUUAACAGAGGAAGUUUUUAGGUUUUGUGAGCUGAAACUUAGUCAGGAUCCAGGUCUGUGCAGAACUUUCUUCAUGACAUAGGCCCCUGAUCUGCUCUGUCAUGGCCAUUUGUUUUGUUUGUCAUUGUUUGUUAAAAAAAAUAAAAUCUCAUGAUGAUGUGA